AUGUUGCAAGAUUUAUUGUUUAAGAGAGCACCGGCUGGAGUGGCUAAUGAUAGGCCAACUGUUACAACAAGUUAUUCCUCAAUGGAUGAGUUUCCCCUACCAGAUCUUAAUAGUGUGGAUUGUGGAAAUUAUGUAACUCAACCUACUUUACAAUAUAAUAAUACGUAUUGGUUUGGAUUAUUUGCACCAAAAUUUUCAUUUCUCAAUAACCCACAACUUGGUCGUCAAGAUGUAAUGAUGAUCUUCACGAUUGUUGAUCCGUCAUACAAUCAUGAUACGGAUUAUAAUACUUUCACGAUUUCCAUGUCCGACCCAGAACAUAAUGCAAUUAUUGAUCCAUAUGCGAAUUCAUUUGAUAAUUCCUCCUAUGCAAAUUUCGUCACAGCAGUUCAAAAAAGAAAUCAAUACGACUUGGGAGUAGGAUUUGUAAGUAAUAGUGAUGAACAUAAUGCAAUUAUUGAUCCAUAUGCGAAUUCAUUUGAUAAUUCCUCCUAUGCAAAUUUCGUCACAGCAGUUCAAAAAAGAAAUCAAUACGACUUGGGAGUAGGAUUUCAAUAUCUCAUUAAGAUGACAAGAAGUCAAAGAAAUGUAUUAAUAGACGCACCUCAAAAUAAUUUCGGACUUUCAUCUAAUUAUCCGAUACCUUAUAUCCAGACAACUAUUC